AUGAUUGCACCUGAUUGGAAUAGACCAUUUGAGUUGAUGUGUGAUGCUUCAGAUUUUGCUAUGGGUGCUGUUUUGGGUCAAAGGAUUGAGCGAGCACUCCAUGUGAUAUAUUAUGCUUCUCGGACUUUGAAUGAUGCUCAAGUCCAUUACACUACUACUGAGAAGGAGCUUCUUCCUAUUAUUUUUGCAUUGGAGAAAUUUCAGAGUUCUCUUCUUGGGAGUAAGGUGAUUGUUCACACGGAUCAUGCGGCAUUGAGAUAUUUGUUAAGCAAGAAGGAUGCCAAGCCCCGUUUGAUUCGUUGGGUGUUAUUGCUCCAGGAAUUUGAUAUCGAGAUCAAGGAUAAGCUGGGUAGCGAGAACCUUGUUGCAGAUCAUUUGUCUAGACUGGAGCAUGGCAAAGACUCUUCUGAUAUACCAUUGAUUGAGCAUUUUCCCGAUGAGUACUUAUUCCGGGUUGACACUGAGAUGCCUUGGUUUGCAGACUUUGUGAAUUAUUGGGCUAGCAAUGGUACUUUUAUUCCGGAUAACUAUGAUGCACAAGCCAGAAAGAAGUUUCUUAGAGAUGCUCGGUCAUAUAUUUGGGAUGAUCCGUAUUUGUGGAAGGUGGGUAAGGACCAGGUGAUUAGACGAUGUAUUCCUCAAUGGGAGACCCUAGAGAUUAUUUCAUUGUGUCACUCAUCUUUAUGUGGAGGUCAUUUUGGUGGAAGGAGGACAACUUUCAAGAUCCUUCAGUCCGGUUUCUUUUGGCCUACUUUGUUUCGAGAUUGUCAUUCUUUCGUGCUUGAAUGUGAUAUAUGUCAAAGGAUCGGACCCUUUCCGAAGUCUUAUGGGAAUGAAUAUAUCAUAGUCGCAGUUGAUUAUGUUUCGAAGAUUAUUAUUAGUGAUGGUGGCACACAUUUUAUCAACCGGACUUUUGAUGCUUUGUUGAGGAAAUAUGGAGUCAAGCAUACGGUUGCCACACCUUACCACCCUCAAACCUCCGGUCAAGUGGAGGUGUCAAAUAGGGAGAUUAAGAGAAUUUUGGAAAAGACGGUCAACUCUUCUAGGAAAGAUUGGGCCAUUAAACUUGAUGAUGCUUUAUGGGCCUAUCGGACCGCAUAUAAGACUCCUAUUGGCAUGUCUCCUUUCCGCUUGUGCUAUGGAAAGAAUUGUCACCUUCCGGUCGAGCUUGAGCACAAAGCUAUGUGGGCUAUUAAAUUUUUGAAUUUUGACUUGGAAGCAAGUGGUGAGAAGCGGAAACUUGAUCUUUGUGAGUUGGAGGAGAUCUGGGAAGAGGCAUAUGAGAGUGCCAAAUUGUUUAAGGAGAAGAACAAGGAGAUACAUGAUCGGAAAUUGGUGAAGAAAGCAUUUCUUCCCAAGCAAAAGGUUCUCCUAUACAAUUCUAGGCUCAAGUUAUUUUUUGGAAAGUUGAGAUCUAGGUGA